CUAGAUCAACUUUCGACAACAAAUUUUCCUCCCAAUACCAAACAACCGAAACCAAGCAUGGCUCCCCCCGCCGCCACCUCCCCCAUCGUCUCUCCGGUCCAGCCCCUGGACGUCAAGAACGGCAAGCAUCAGCACAAUGCCGCCACCGCCGCAGCAGCUGCGGCCAAGCUGCACGACCUGGCCACGGACUGGAACCAGUUCAGCUUCUCCCCGAUCCGCGAGUCGCAGGUGUCGCGGGCCAUGACCUCGCGCUACUUUGCCGACCUGCAUGCCCACGCCGAGACGGACGUCGUCAUCGUCGGCGCCGGCUCCUGCGGCCUCUCGGCGGCAUUUCACCUCGCCACGGCCCGGCCGGACCUGCGCGUGACCUUGGUCGAGGCCGGAGUCGCGCCGGGCGGCGGGGCCUGGCUGGGCGGUCAGCUGUUCUCCGCCAUGGUCAUGCGCAAGCCUGCACAUCUGUUCCUCGACAGGCUCGGCGUCGCGUACGAGGACGAGGGGGCUUUCGUGGUGGUCAAGCACGCUGCGCUCUUCACCAGUACGCUGUUGAGCAAGGUGUUGGCGCUGGAUAACGUCAAGCUUUUCAAUGCUACCGCGGUCGAGGAUCUGAUCACCCGACGGGAGGGCGGCGAUGAUGUCGGUGUAAGGGUUGCUGGCGUUGUUACCAACUGGACGCUGGUUUCGAUGCACCACGAUGAUCAGUCGUGCAUGGAUCCCAACACCAUCAACGCCCCUGUCGUUAUUUCGACGACUGGUCAUGAUGGACCCUUCGGCGCCUUCUCGGCCAAACGCCUCGUCUCCAUGAAGCAGAUUGAGCAGCUUGGCGGCAUGCGCGGCCUCGACAUGCAGUCUGCCGAGGAUGCCAUCGUCAAGCGGACCCGCGAGAUUGUUCCGGGUCUUAUCAUUGGCGGCAUGGAACUCUCUGAGAUUGACGGAGCGAACCGCAUGGGUCCCACGUUCGGUGCCAUGGUGCUCUCGGGAGUCAAGGCCGCAGAGGAGGCCAUGGCUGUUUUCGACAUGCGCAAGAAGCAGAAUGCGUACUAGGUUUUAUAAACGCCUUUCCUGGGACCUGAUGGGGUCGAUAUCGUAGCAAAAGGGUAGUGGCUCUGGCCCUGACAUUCUUUGGAUCCUUUUAUCUUAACUUUAGUGUAAUUUGGCAGCUUAAACGCCGAAUGGUGGAAGUUUGAACGAAAGUUCGGGCACCGCAAUGACAAUGAAAACAAAAUCACACUCCAGACCACAAGAGAUCGAGCCAAUCUGCCUGAAAGUGAUCGAUGAGAUGGGAGCAGCGCUAUCUCUAGAGUCUAGCUACAAACACACAAUCUACCUCAAUUCUGUUUUGA